CUAGUUCGAUGGCAGAUUAAUUGAAAUAGUUUAGAAAAAAUAAAUGACUAGUUAAUGAGCUUAGAUUACAUGUACAUACAGUUGAUGUGAAAAUGUGGUGUUUAUAUAUUAUUUGAACUGUUUUCACACGAAAAUUCGUGUAUAUUGUACUGUUAAGAUGUAUAUUCAUUACACGUUAGGAGCCAUUUUUAUUGUAUUUAUUUUGUGCGUUCAUUGUGAUAAUGCUGGUACUAACAACGAAAUCAUGGAAAUAUACGUUCCGUCCGCCCCGCAAAACCUCACUGCAGACAGGGUGACAGCUGACGAGAUACAUUUAUUAUGGGCCCCGCCAGCCACGUACACGACAGUUCAACUACGAAAAACUAUAGAUACGAAUAUUGAUAAAGAUGCAACAAAAUUAGAACCGGACCUAACGGUUGCUAAGAAAGAAACGCAAGCAGACGAACCGAUCACAGACGGUAUUAGAGACGAUCGUCUAAUAAUAGAUGCACCAGUGAAACAAGAUAGCUUAAAAGAUACAGAAUACUCAUAUAAUUUGUAUAAGAAUGACAAGCAGAAAUAUAACGACGAAUUCUCAGAUUCCUAUAUAUUGACUGACGAUUCCUAUAGAACAAGGAGGGAUACGAGAUCUAGGAGACACAGAAAAAGAAGACAGGACAAUGUCACCGAGAGUAAGAUUACUUUAGAGAGAGAUAUUGAUGGAAGGGAGACACAUCACUUAUUUGAAUUCCCAAUAAGAGUAGAUAAAAAAUCCCUACCCGUUGUACCAAAGAAAGUAGCACACAUAGCAUAUGUGCUUUAUUAUGAAGAAGGUUUUCCAAUAAAGAAAGCGUCCAGUGAUCUAUCGAAGAUCUCCGAAAUACCAACGUCGGAUGAUAUAAAGAAAAGAAAUGUGUUCAAAAGCGAUUGGGGAAUGCAGGAUAGUAUGAACGCGACGAAAAAUUUGACUUUAUUAAACACAUCCGGUGUGCAACAAAUUAAAGUUGUUGGUUUUAGAUUGCGAAGCUUGAAACCGUUCACUCCCUAUAAGAUUUGGGUGCGUUCAUUCUACAACUUCCCCUUGGAUGGUGUGAUGUCAUCGGAUCUGAUAGAACGUCUCGGUCCGCAAUCCGAGUCUCUCUAUGUGUUGACGGACGUCAGGCCGCCCUCUCCGCCUAUUAUAGUUAAUUUGACAUGUGAUCAACCGAAUGGAAUCCUAUACCUCCAGUGGCGCCAACCACUCGAAUACAACAAUUCGCUCGACCAGUAUAUCGUGACCUUGAGGAAGAUACCAGAACAGCAGCCAAGAACUCGACUCACUCUGCCGACGGUCAAAGAUGAUAUUGAAACAACCAUCAGUGUUAAAGUUGAAUUAUGGAAUGUAACAAGAUACGAGGUGAAGAUAUACGCCGUGACACUGUCAGUGGCGCGACCCAAUACACUUAUAAAUGGCUCCGAGUCUCCUCCGAAGGAGGUGUCGAGUGAGUUGUGUGCGGCACAUUCUGAAGCGAUGUCCCCAGCAGAUGUGUCUCCAGUGAAGCGAGCUGGCAACUCUCUCGUGGCGCUACUUGCAGCGGCUUUGCUAACUACGCUGGCCGCUGUCAGCGCUGCUUUGGUUUAUUGGAGAUGUAGAUCACGAGUCAGUAAAUGCAUUAGUGCAGCGUACAAUUACUUGGAAGAGGGAGGCGAAAGGGCCGCCAGAGCUCCACUCAACACGUACAAGAAACCUGUAGUAAACUGUUCGCCGCUGGUGUCGUGCGCGGGUGGCGCCGGGGCUGCGGGUGGAGCGGGUGCGGUGGAAGGGGGUGCGGCGAGACCUCCGCGCAUGGCGGGCGGAGCGCAUCCGCUGGUGCGCGCGCGACACUUCCCCGCGCACGUCGCGUCGCUGCACGCAGACGGGGACAUCGGCUUCAGCAAGGAGUAUGAAAUCGUAGUAGCGAAGUCGGCCGCACUGGGACAUACCAGCCACCACAGCUAUCGACCGGAAAACAGGCUUAAGAAUCGAUAUUUGAAUAUUACCGCAUACGACCACUCGCGCGUGUGCGUGUCGGCGGGCGCGCGCUGCGGCGCGGCGGGCUGCGUGGGCGCGGGGCGCGGCGCGGCGUGCGACUACGUCAACGCCAACUUCAUCGACGGCAUGCUGCCCGCGCUGGCGCCGCCCGCCGCGCGCCGCAUCGAGCGCCGCCUCGAGCGCCGCCUCGAGCGCCGCGCCCGCCCCAGCAGACAACCUUCAGUGAAAGUAACAAAACCACCACCGAAUCUUGCUGAAGGCAUCGAAUCGGCUUUCCUGAACAUUGAGUUCUCCGGAAUCGUGGAGUCAGAAGAUCAGGCCGAUGAUUCUGAUAGCGAACGUAGUGAUGACGAUUCGGAGCUAGACGAUGUAUAUGUGGACAUAAACGGUGUUCCUCGACAAAUCAAACUGGAAUGGGCGGUGUGGCGUCGCAGAUACAUCGCCACGCAGGGACCGACACCAGCCACCUUGGACGCCUUCUGGCGGAUGAUCUGGCAACACCGUGUACACACCCUCGUCAUGAUCACCAACCUCGUCGAGAGGGGAAGGCGAAAAUGUGACAUGUACUGGCCCGCAGGCGGGCGCGGAAGUUCCGCUGAAUUCGGCGGAAUACAUGUAACACUUUUGUACGAAGACGUGCGGGCGGCAUACACCGUACGACAUUUACGUGUACGCAGUGCAGCUCAAUCGGGAAGCGAGUCGAGUAGCGAGUCGAGCGCGUCGAGCGGCGACGGGCGGCACAUCGUGCAGUACCACUACACGGUGUGGCCCGACCACGGCACGCCGCGCCACCCGCUCGCCGUGCUGCCCUUCGUGCGCGCCGCCGCCGACCCGGGCACCGUGCUCGUGCACUGCAGUGCCGGCGUGGGGCGAACGGGUACUUAUAUAGUAAUAGACGCACAAUUGAACCAACUGAAGCUGACGGGCACACUGUCGCCUCUCGGCUUCCUGUGCAGAGCGCGCACACAGAGAAACCAUCUCGUCCAGACAGAGGAACAAUACGUAUUCGUACACGAUGCCUUACUCGAAUACGUGCGCUCUGGCAACACGGAAGUUGAAUUCGCUAAAGCGAGAGAGUAUCUCGUGAAACUUCUAGAACCUAUAUCAGAGGAGGAACUCGCGGUUAUGGAUCUUAACCCACCGAAACAAAAGAGCUUAAGCGACCUGAGGAACGGCUACGAUAAUGACGUCACGAGUGUUAGAUCGAAUGACUGCAGCGAAAACCAAAUAGUCGAAAAUGGAAGUCAACUUUCUAUAAAAACAGAUGAAUUGAACAGUGAUAGUAAAUCGUCUAUGGAUAAUCAGGAAAAGGACGGGUUAGUAAAUGGGGAUGAGAUGGAAGGUGUGUACGAUCUGGCGCCUCGUACGACUGACACGUACAAUAAGAAAAUGCAAGCGUAUAAUAAUAUGAACGAGCAGGAAAAAGAGGAAAUGCGCAGGGUAAACAGAGCUGAGAACUACGCGUUGUUGGAAAGAAUGCGUUCAUUAUCUAACAGGCAUCAAGUAUACCAAGGCCCGCCACCCGUUAACUUGUUAGAGAAACAAUUUCAAUUGAUAACGAGAUCCUGUGUAGAGUCUAGUGUGUGCGCACGCGCAGCUCACAACGCAGAGAAGAAUCGUCCUGGAGGCAUCUUACCGUCUGACUCAGCUAGAGUCAUGCUUGUUCCUAAACCGGGAGUCGAAGGCAGCGAGUACGUGAACGCGAGCUGGGUGUGCGGGCGGCGCCGCAUGCGCGAGUACGCCGUGGCGCAGCACCCCGCGCGCGCGCCCGAGCUGUGGCGCCUGCUGUGGGACCACACGGCGCAGCUCGUGCUGCUGCUGGCCGACGAGCCGCCCGACCCCGAAUGCGACGUGUUUUGGCCAACAGAAGAAGAAAAGGAACUGUUCGUGGCAAACUUUAGAGCGAGCUUCGUUUCAAAAGACACAUAUGUAGCUUACAGAAGAUCGGAAAGAAAAGUUCCGAAUCAUUCACCGCCAACACCAGAGACAAACGGUUACAGGAGGCAGGACGGCAGUGAGUGCGCAGACGACGAAUGUCUUAUUCCAGAAAAUUGUUCUCCAAUUAAUGAAUCGGAACCAGCGUACCGCUUCGAUAGAACCGAAUUAAGAUUAGAACGCCUCAGUGGAAGCAGAGAUCUAUCAGCUCGGAAAUCGAUAGCGAAUGGCGAUUUAUUCUCAUCGUUGUCUGAAAAGAAGAAUGGACCGAAAUCUCCUAGAAGUCCGUCAAAAAUGUCAUUGAAAAACUUCAAACUCAGUUCGCCUACAAAAUUCAAGUUUCCAGAAUGGGGGUCAAGGACCGCCGGUUCCCCUCCUGACACGGCGCCACCCCCACCUCCUAUCGCGCCAUCAUUAUCCGUCGAAGAGGAAGCGGAGUUAAGAAGACCAGUUUAUACGUUUGAAAAAGUUAAAAGUGUUCCGAAAGUCCCCUCCGAUAGAAUUAUAGAAGUUACCAAUGUCAGUGUUCAUUCCUUACAGGACGAUUAUCAACUAAGUGUUAAGUUUAUUAAGUGCAGUGGUUGGUUACAAGGUGAUACGACUGAGUACUGUGCGGGGAGGCCCGAUGACAAUGAGUUCGUUAGAGCAGUGCGGCAAGCUACCAGUGAGAGUGAGAGGGACGAGGCCUUGGAUAGGCUCAUAGCGCCCUACAGGGACUCGUUUGCGUUGAUAGAGUUUGUUGCCGGCUGUCAGAUGGAAUACAAGAAUGGUCCAGUUGUAGUCGUUGACAAAUACGGCGGCUGGCGAGCGCUGUCGUUCUGCUCGCUGAGCGCGGCGUGCGGCGGCGUGCGCAACCCGCGCGUGAGCGAGCCGGGCGCCGAGUGCGCGGCGCGCGAGGCCGCCGCCGACCUGUACUGCAGCAGCGCGCUCAACGCGCACGCGCGCGCCGCGCCCGCCGCGCCCGCCGCGCCCGCCGCGCACGCGCCGCACGCGCUGCUGGCCGCCUACUGCGCGCUGGCCGCCUACGCGCACGCGCUGCCCGCCCCGCCGCCGCCCGCGCCGCCCGCCAGCUGAACCGGACGCUGCCAACACCGAGCGGACUCACAUAAAAGUAUGCAUAAUUGUUAAUAGUUACGGACAUAAUACUCAGUGCGUUGUGCGGUAACCAUGAAGAGACCCUUUAACUUUGGUGCAAAUUUCCUAUUAGCUAACCAACUUUGAUACAGUUUCGAGAGAAACCGCCAUAUUCUGUAAUAGCUUUAAAUAAACCACAAUUUUAAUAAUGUUGGUACAAACAUUUGCAGCGGCCAAUAUAUCAGACCAAUAUUAACUGUAUUGUCCAAUGUUGGUGCAAAGUUUAUCUCAAUGUAACCGAGACGAACUCCACUAUUGGACGUGUAGCUGAUCUUUUCUACAUAAUAAUGUAAGAAAGAGAUGUAAACAUUGAUUAGAAAGAUUUUUCUAGAACAAAAGUUACAUAAUUACAUCCGUAUUUGCUUGAUUCCGAAGUUAUUUGGGGGAAUAGAACGUUGGCUGUAGAUAUAUUGUAAUAAUUUGGUGACUCUAUGUAUAAUGUAGACGUAAAAAUGGUAUUAUAUUAUGUGUAAGAAUUUGAAACAUGUAUUCAAAAUUGUUAUUAUAAUAUAAUGGUCUUGGGCAUUUUGAAAAUAUAAUGAAAUAAGUGAGUGUAGACAAAGGGCGUGAUAAUGUAAGGUCUUAACUUGAUCAUACCGGCUCAUUUGAAGGUUCAAUUUUCUAUUCAAAUAAAGGUGCUCAGUUAAAGAAGUCAGAGUUACUACUGUAUUAUACAGACUUUUCUGUAUCAUUAUUAUUUGGUGGAUGAAACAAAUCGUAAUGCUUUGAAAUGAGUGCUAUUAAAAUUUGGCAACACAAUUUUGUCCUCUCCCUUCUUUAUUUUGCAUCUGUCAAUACUAAUUCGGCCAUAUGUAUGUAACAAUAUCUUUGCUUCCUUUACAUAAUGGACCUUAUAAUCUUUAUAUUGUCAUGGUAUAUAGUACCGUCUUUAUUUGAGUCGUCGGGUCAUAAAUAUUUAUGACUCUGUCUCGCUCGCACUCAGUGGCCUUACGGACUGGCAUGGUGUGCGUUACAAUGCGUGAGCUGGUAUCGAUGAGUUGUGAAGAUUUGUAUUUGAACUAGUUGGAAAACAGUUGGAAACCAAAUUGAAAUAAUUAAAUAAUGGCCAAUGCUAUAUCAAAUAUCGGACCAACGUUGGCAUGUCCCUUAUGUUUAUACACACUCAUUAUACGAAACGAUAUAUAAAUAGAUCAGCUGUAUAACUAACUAUCCAAAAAUUACUUACAUUCUAUUGAGUAACCAGUGAAUUUCAUUGAAAUAUGUAAAGGAAGUUACGUAGAGUCAGGUUAUAUUGAAUGUAUGUCUUUGUCUCUUAUGAAGUAAUGUGUGGUUGUGUGCGUUAUUGUAUAGGACGUGAACUGAUUUAAUGGUAAAGAUUGCAUUUGAAAUUUGUCGGUUUUUAAUAUAUGGCAACAUAAUUUCAAAGCUUAAUAUGAACAAGAUAAUAGGAGUUUUUAAAUCAUUUUAAUAGAAAAAUAAAUCUUAAUUAUUCACAUUAACAUUCAAAAAUAAUAUGUUUGUAAAAAUAAUGAAAUUUUCUUAAUAAUAGGUUUUGAAUUUCAACCGCCAUAAGAGAAUCUAUAUUCAUUUUAUUAAAUCUUUUAUAACACAUAAAAAAACCUAAAUAGACCUAAAUGCAGACGUCCUGUUUGUGUUAUGGCGAAUUAAACGGUAUAGAAGUUGAUGUGCUGAAGCGCCAUCAAGCGGCGAGUUACAAAAAGUUAAUUAGUAAUUAACUCCACGAAAUAUACAUAAAUGAAUGUACCAAUUUUCAUUCUAAUCUGUCAUCGGUCUCGUAGUAUGACAAUAUCAAACACAAAUCCAAUAUUAUAUAUAAUCUAUCGCCUAAAGUAAAUAAUGCGCGAUAAAAUUAUUAAACAAAAAGCGGCACAAUUAAAAUAAUUGUUAUUAAUAAUAAUGCAAUCUCACCUUACGAGAAUCAGUUUUACGUCUAAGGCGCUGUCUAAGACACUCUUUGUUUCCAACACGGGACACUCAUUGGAAACCUUCGUUGUUGCGUUCGGUAGCGGCAAUCGCCGGUUACUUCUAAUCAGGUAACAAUUCGUUGUCAUCCAGUUUCACGAUGGAUAUCGGUAGAAACACUGUUUUUGCUUAUGUUGAUUAUACGACAACAAAAACGUCGUUAACACCGAGUAUUUUUUGAUUGGCGAUUGUGUGAUGUACGUACGUGUGUUGCUAUGUAAAUGACUCUCUUAUUCAUGUUAUUUGGGUUGUCAUGGAAAACUCUCUUGAAUAAACUCUUGUUUCUCUUAUUAUCCACAAACAUUAUAAUUUUGUUAGCUAGCUUUUUUUUAUAUAGUAUAGGUUGGCGGACGAGCAUAUGGGCCACCUGAUGGUAAGUGGUCACCAAUGCGCCACCAACCUUGGGAACUAAGAUGUUAUGUCCCUUAUGCCUGUAAUUACUCUGGGUGGCUCACUCACCCUUCAAACCGAACACAACAAUACCAAGUACUGCUGUUUUGCGGUAGAAUAUCCGAUGAGUGGGUGGUACCUACCCAGACGUACUUGCACGAAGCCCUACCACCAGUAAAAAUUAUUCAAGAGACAGUUUUCCACGACAAUAUGAAUAGCAUGAAUAACAGAGAGUCUCAUCCAUGGCAACACACGAAUAACAUACAUCACAGAUUACAAUCGAUAUGUGUCAAGCGCCUUAGAGUUACGUCGUCCAGCAGGGAAACAUUUCAUACGCUAUCAAAAAUACAAUUUGUACUAAACCUUACUUACUUACUAACUUAAAUAUCGUAUAUCGAUAUCGAUUAUUUUAUACCUAAUUAUAUAAUGUAUCUGUGGUUAGUAAGUGGAAAUUGUUCGAAAUGAAGUAGUGUUUUUUUUUAAUAAACUAUUUAUUUAGCCGUUUAUCAAGAAAUGCUUGAUAUGUCAUGGCAAAAACUGUCAUUAUCAUAGAGUGGGCUUAAAACGUCAAACGUCAACGUCAUGUCUCGUUUCGUCGUACGAACAUUUAAUAAUAGCAACACUGUGAACUUAUAAACGUUCGUUAGCGGGUGUUUAGCUUAUCGCUUAUUACUCUGUCAUCAUCGAUUUGUCAUUCGAAAGAAAGAGACAGCAUAUACAUUCUUUUUAUUUCGGAUGACACGAACACCUAAGCAACAUUUAUCGGCAAAGAAGCCAGUGUUUAUUUACAUAUUUGUUAUCAUUUUAACUACGAAAUAUUUCAAACAAAAUCUGUUUAUUUUUUCUUUUUUUUACUUUUAACUGUAACUAUUUUAUCGUUUGAACACUUUCCACUUGCAACUCUAAUAAAUAACACUACGAAUCGUGUAUUGUAAUUUAUUCGUAAUUCCUACUAAAUCACUUUAACGGUCCAGUAUUUUUUAUUAUAAUCUAGUAUUGUAAUGAUAUUUAUGUAAAGACUGCUUGUUAGUGGUUCGUCAAUUAUGGUGUGAGGUUACGUUCGGUGUACAGUGGGCGAUUCGUGUGGAGAUAUAUUUAGAUUUUGUCUCCGAGUGCGUCACUGUCCUAAUGAAAGACACUAAUGUCAUAUUAUAAUAGCUUGCAAUUUAACAUAUAAAGCAUUGAAAAGAUUAAUUUAUAAAACAAUUAUAGUAUAAGUAACAGCCUGUAAAUGUCCCACUACUGGGCUAAGGCCUCCUCUCCCUUUUUGAGGAGAAGGUUUGGAGCUUAUUCCACCACGCGGCUCCAAUGCGGGUUGGUGGAAUACACGUGGCAGAAUUUCGAUGAAAUUAGACACAUGCAGGUUUCCUCACGAUGUUUUCCUUCACCGAAAAGCACGAGAUGAAUUACAAACAGAUGAAUUACAAAUUAUAGUAUACCUAAGUGCAUGUCAAUUACAAGUGU